GAGAUGAAGGAAAAAAUCCUGAUUAAAUAGCCAACGACCCUCCCUCUCAAAUUUUACAGUAGGGAAAUUGCCAUUAUUAUCAAAUUAGAAGAAGGGGGAGUGGAGCUUUUCCUCUUUGUAAUUUUACUAACUAAAUCCCAUGAUAAAAAUCCUCUCUCUCUCUCUCUCUCUGUAGAAGAAAUGGAGGAGAAAAGCAGCUGCGACGGUGUUCACGAAUUCAAGCUGCUGCUCUCAUGUCCUUCUGGUCUAUCUCCUUCACAGGUGUCAGUUGUUUUCAAUGAAGCAUACGACAGGAUUCCCCAUCCCGACCCUUUUUUGGAGCAGUCCAUUUUCGAGGAAUGGGAAGCAAGAGAGCGACUUUCAUCAAUUUACAAUAGGCCGAAGUUUAGGUAUGGAGGAUACACUUUCGAUGUAGGAAAUGAUCCCAAGCAACAGCCUCAUGUUUCCCUUUAGCUUGGUCUGACAGAUUAUAGGUUCUUCUCUAUCUUGUGUCUUCUUUCUUCCUGCCUUCCUUUAUUCUACAUGUUUUUCCAUUUAAUGUGCAUGUAAUGGAAAACAUAUAUCCGUCCAGUGCAAUUUGGAUAGGCUAAUGUUACUAUCCCAAACUUAUAUCAGCAUGUCGAAAUGGUAAAUUAUAAAUGAAUUGUUCUUUAUUUGUGUCGCUAGAAUCUUGGGUGAAAUACGAGAAUUUGUGUAUACCUGCAAUGUGCCG